CUGCAGGGACAGUCUUCCCGCAGCAACCUCCGUGGUGUGAGUUUUCCGUUCCAUUUUGUUCCAGUGUGGGGCUGGGUGUCCUGGCACGUGGGCGACGCAGGGAGGAAAUCCUUAAAGUGCCAGAAGGCUACAGGACGCCAUUCCCGACAGUCAGUGUAUCUUCUCACAGCAACCGGCAGAACCAUGGCAACAACUCCUGAUGCUGCUUUUGAGGCCCUCAUGAAUGGAGUCACCAGCUGGGAUCUCCCUAAAGAAUCCACUCCCAGUGAACUCCUUCUUAUUGGGGAGGCUGCCUUCCCAGUGAUGGUGAAUGACAAGGGCCAGGUGCUCAUCGCUGCCUCUUUCUAUGGCCAAGGCCGCCUUGUAGUCUUAUCCCAUGAGAGCUACCUGCUGCAUGCUGGCUUGGCUCCUUUUCUUCUCAAUGCAGUGAGUUGGCUCUGCCCCUGCCCAGGGGCUCCCAUUGCAGUGCAUUCUUCCUUAGCAUCAUUAGUUAACAUCCUAGGUGACUCUGGGAUAAAUGCACUGGUUCAGCCUGAGCCUGGAGAGGCUCUGGGAGUUUACUGCAUUGAUGCCUACAACGACACCUUGACCGAGAAGCUGGUCCGGUUUGUGAAGCAUGGUGGGGGCUUGCUCAUUGGAGGCCAGGCUGGGAAUUGGGUCAGUCACCAUGGCAGUGACAAGGUGCUGUUCAGUUUCCCUGGGAACCAGGUGACAAGCGUGGCUGGAGUGUACUUCACAGAUGUCUGUGGGGAUACAGACCGGUUCAAGGUCUCUAAGAAGGUACCCAAGAUCCCGCUCCAUAUCAGGUGUUGGGAGGAGCUCGGGCGUGACCAGGAGCAGCUUCUGGAUGGGAUCUCUAUGUUGGACAUCAGGACCGGGGGUGUCCCCUCACAGUUGUUGGUGCAUGGGCCCCUGGCCUUCCCUGUGGGGCUCGACAACUCCUUCCUUAGCUGCUUCCUAGCAGCUGCCCGCUAUGGCCGUGGUCGUGUGGUGUUGGCUGCCCAUGAGGCCAUGCUCUGGGCUCCUAAGAUGGAACCCUUUUUACUCAAUGCUAUACGUUGGUUGUCCAGAGACCAGAGAGAUAAUAUUGGGGUGAACAAAAGUCUCAAGAAUCUGAAUUCCCUAUUGUUGAAGCACGGCUUGAAAUGCAGCCUGGAGUCCCAUUUGACCAACGAUAUGUGUGUGUACUGCUGUGUAGCUUAUAGUGACCAGGAGGCCAAGAAAAUACAGGAGUUUGUAGCAGAGGGUGGAGGGUUGCUCAUUGGUGGUCAGUCCUGGUGGUGGGCUUCCCAGAACCCAGGGAGCUCUGCUUUGGGUAGUUUCCCUGGGAAUGUCAUCCUCAAUACUUUUGGCCUCAGCAUUUUGCCUCAGACCCUCAGCCCGGGCUGUUUCCCUCUCCUUCAUAUAGAUAUUAGAAGCUACCACUUUCGAAGGGCUCUUUCUGAGUUCCAGGCUAUGUUGAAACACAAGGAUGGGAACUUGGAAAAGAGGUAUUUGGGAAAAUUCGGAGUAGAUGGGGCAGGCUUUCUUCAGAUUCCUGCACGGGGAGUUCCUGCUUAUUUAUCUGUGCACCGGAUCCUGAGGAAAAUGCUGCGACAGUCAGGCCUCCCAGCUGUGAGCAAGAAUAAUCCAGUGUCCAGUCACUCCUAUGAGGCUGCACUACUCCAGCUAGCCACACAGCUGGCACAUUCUGGGACUGAUUGCUCCCAGAUAGCCCAUAACCUUGGCACUCAGACCUGCUCCUCCUCCAAUCUCUGCUCCUCAGAACACCCCAUUACUGUGGAGAUCAAUGGAACCAACCCAGGUGACAAGGAUGUCUGGAUGAGCACUGGGCUCUACCUCCUGGAGGGACAAAGCACAGAGAUCUCUGUCUCUGAAGCUGCUGCCUCGGCUGGUCUGAAGGUGCAGAUUGGAUGUCACACUGAUGACCUUAGCCAGGCCAUACAACUGUUUCGAGCCCCUGUGGUAACUUACCAGUGCUGUAUGAACAAAACCCAACGGUCAGUCUCCUGCCUCUGGGGUGGUCUCCUGUACAUCAUUGUGCCCAAAGGCUGUCAACUUGGCCCCGUAUCUGUUACCAUCACAAAGGCAGUGCCUGCCCCAUACUACAAGCUAGGCAAGACAUCACUGGAGGAGUGGAAGAACUGCAUCCAGAAGAACCUGGGCCCCUGGGGAGAGCUGGCCACAGACAAUGUCAUCCUGACGGUGCCAACUGCAAACCUUAAGACUCUGGAAGAUCCAGAGCCUCUGCUCCAACUCUGGGAUGAGAUUAUGCAGGCUGUGGCCAGGCUAGCAGCCCAGCCCUUCCCUUUCAAAAGACCUGAGAGAAUUGUCACUGAUGUGCAGAUAUCAGCAGGCUGGAUGCAUUCAGGAUACCCCAUCAUGUGCCAUGUGGAGUCCGUGCAGGAGCUAGUCAGUCUGGCGGACAUAAGAAGUAAGGGCCUGUGGGGACCCAUUCAUGAGCUGGGCCACAAUCAGCAGUGCCGUGGUUGGGAGUUCCCCCCACAUACCACCGAGGCGACCUGCAAUCUCUGGUCAGUCUACAUUCAUGAGACAGUCCUGGGGAUUCCCAGGGCCCAGGCCCACCCUCAACUGAAACCUGAAGAAAGAGAAAAGAGGAUUAAAGAACACCUUCAGAAGGGAGCACCCCUGCAUAACUGGAAUGUCUGGACAGCACUGGAGACAUAUCUGCAGCUCCAGGAGGCCUUUGGGUGGGAGCCAUUCAUCAACCUCUUUGCUGAGUACCAAACCAUUUAUCACAUUCCUGAAGACAAUGAGUGCAAGAUGAACAUAUGGCUGAAGUUGUUCUCUGAAAAAGUGCAGAAGAACCUGGUUCCUUUUUUUGAAGCCUGGGGCUGGCCUAUCCAGAAGGAUGUGGCUGAAGACCUGUCCUACUAUCCUUCCUGGCAGGAUCACCCCCUGAGGAUGUACAUGGGGAGGGAGUAGUAGGGACCCUGGAGCCUGCUGGGGUUGGGGGAAGGGCUUUGGGUUUGGGUGAAAUGGGUGGGAUAAGACAUGACAACAGUACUAACUUUACUGUGUUCUGGCUUGAGACACUCACUGCCUUAACUAUUUUUCUCCACUGUUUGUUUGGCUUUAAAACAUAUUUUGGGUUGUUUUAAAUAUCAUUCCAUGCUUUCUUGUGAAAGCUACUUGUGAUAAUGACCCUAGUGAAUGUCUCACAUCCCAUCAGCACAUCCCAAACUCAGGGAUCAUUUCCUCAGAUACCACCAGUAUCCCCUAGCAGAUAACCAGCACAUGAAAAGCACUAAGAAAAUACUUGUUAUAUGAAAGGUCACUAAAGUCUCUUGACACAGAAGGAACAGUUAAGUGUGUUGUCCUAAGAGUUGUGUACAGUGUUUUCUCUCAGUUACAUGGGUAAUCUUUCAUCAGUUAGUAUCUCCUUAUCAUACAGGAGAAAAUGCCAUGGCUAUUAAACAACUUCUAUAGUCAAGACUGAGAAGAGAAGGUGUCAGAUUUCACAGAUGUCUAUAACAGUCACAGACUGUAGAUCUUAUCUUCAACAGAUUGAUAACGUUAACAAAAAUUUGCUCAAGAGAUAGAAGUUUAAUGACCUUGACUUGCUUUCCUAUGUUCAUUAUUGAAUUUUGACUAAAUACUAAUUGAAUGUUUUCAUCAACUAAUCUUCCCUUUACUUCAAGAUUCAUCUGUCUUGAGAGGAAACCAGCCUUGGAAAAGUAUUUAAACCAAGGAAUUUCAUUUCUCAAUCUGAUGGUAUUCUUAAUCAUAAUGGGAGGGAGAGGUGAGCAGGGAGCUAAUUAAUGCUGGAAUUAAUGGGUUAUUUAAGACACCAAACCAAAUCCUAACCUUGUACAUACCACCUCUCUGUAGGAUCUGGAGCCCAGUGAUGGUAUCUUCUCAUUCCUGCAGAGAGACCCUGGCUCUACCUCUUGUCUUUGUGCCCUUGGUUGAUUAUCUGUGGCUGCAAUACCCACAGAUUAUGCUUGCAUACAUUAAAAACAGACUUUUUUUCCUGCUCACAAUUUUAUAGUUCUAUGUUUAGAAAUCUUAUUUAGGAAAAAAUAUUAAAUAAUAGUAAGCUCAGAAGUCCCACCCCUUGUUAGAGAUCUAUUGGCAGUUUAUGGCUGCUGGAAGGGAGUCAGCUUUCUUCAGCUAUGUGGUCCCUGGGAGGCUACCUAUGCGGGCGAUACGCCCACACACACAUAGGCAACACUAUGGACUUUAAAAUGAGCACAUGAAUUUAGGAGGGAAUUGACAUGUGGGAAUAGGGGAUGAAAGAGAAGGACAUGGGAAAUGGUUUUGAUCAAAGCACCUUAGUAUAUACAUGUAUGGAAUUCUCAACUAAUAAAAAUGAAAAUGCUAGAUAUAAAU